UCGCCGCCGCUGCCCUCCCCCAGGGUUGUGGCCACGCGCGGCGGCGGCGGUUGUUCCGCUUCCCCUCCGGCCCGGACGGUCGCCAUUGCCGAAGGCUUCUGCCCUCCCCUAGCUGGCCCGCGGGGCUGUCGCUGCCUCCUAUUCCUGUGGUAGCCGCGGCUGCGCUCCGGCGCGGCCCCUCUUCCGGUCCCCUUGCGCCGCGCGCUCGCCCGAGGCGGCUCCUCUGCCUGUCCGGAGCUCGGACGGAGGCGCCUCGCUGGGGCGGGGACGUUUCCUCGCCAGUGGCCUUUUCAUAAUUCUGAAUCAUGUCUGAUAACGGAGAACUGGAAGACAAGCCUCCAGCACCACCUGUGCGGAUGAGCAGUACCAUUUUUAGCACUGGAGGCAAAGAUCCUUUAUCAGCCAAUCACAGUUUGAAACCUUUGCCCUCUGUUCCAGAGGAAAAAAAGCCCAGGAAUAAAAUCAUCUCCAUCUUCUCCAGCACUGAGAAAGGAAGUAAAAAGAAAGAAAAGGAACGGCCAGAGAUUUCUCCUCCAUCUGAUUUUGAGCACACCAUCCAUGUUGGCUUUGAUGCCGUUACUGGAGAAUUUACUGGCAUGCCAGAACAGUGGGCUCGGUUGUUACAGACUUCCAAUAUCACGAAAUUAGAGCAAAAGAAGAAUCCUCAGGCUGUGCUGGAUGUCUUAAAGUUCUAUGACUCUAACACAGUGAAGCAGAAAUAUCUGAGUUUUACUCCUCCUGAGAAAGAUGGCUUCCCUUCAGGAACACCAGCAAUUUAUACACGGUCUGUAAUUGACCCUAUUCCUGCACCAGUUGGUGAUGCUAAUGUUGACAGUGGUGCCAAGUCUUCAGACAAACAAAAAAAGAAGACCAAGAUGACAGAUGAAGAGAUUAUGGAAAAAUUAAGAACUAUAGUAAGCAUAGGAGACCCUAAGAAAAAGUAUACAAGAUAUGAAAAAAUUGGACAAGGGGCUUCUGGCACAGUUUUCACUGCAACUGAUGUAGCACUAGGACAGGAGGUUGCUAUCAAACAGAUUAAUUUACAGAAACAGCCAAAGAAGGAAUUGAUUAUUAAUGAGAUUCUGGUGAUGAAAGAAUUAAAGAAUCCCAACAUAGUUAAUUUCUUGGACAGUUACCUGGUAGGAGAUGAGUUGUUCGUAGUAAUGGAGUACCUUGCUGGUGGAUCACUUACUGAUGUUGUAACAGAAACCUGCAUGGAUGAAGCACAGAUUGCUGCUGUCUGCAGAGAGUGUUUACAGGCACUGGAAUUUUUACAUGCUAAUCAAGUGAUCCACAGAGACAUCAAAAGUGACAAUGUGCUUUUGGGGAUGGAAGGCUCGGUUAAACUUACUGACUUUGGUUUCUGUGCCCAGAUCACCCCUGAGCAGAGCAAACGCAGUACCAUGGUUGGAACACCGUAUUGGAUGGCACCAGAGGUGGUUACACGGAAAGCUUAUGGCCCCAAAGUUGACAUAUGGUCUUUGGGUAUCAUGGCAAUUGAAAUGGUAGAAGGAGAGCCUCCAUACCUCAAUGAAAAUCCCUUGAGGGCCUUGUACCUGAUAGCAACUAAUGGAACCCCAGAGCUUCAAAAUCCAGAGAAACUUUCCCCAAUAUUUCGAGAUUUUUUAAAUCGAUGUUUGGAAAUGGACGUGGAGAAAAGAGGUUCAGCCAAAGAAUUGUUACAGCAUCCCUUCCUGAAACUGGCCAAACCAUUAUCCAGCUUGACACCGCUAAUCAUGGCAGCUAAAGAAGCAAUGAAGAGCAACCGUUAACAUCAUUACUGUGGCCUCUUAUUUUUUUUUCCAUUUUCUAAAAGAAGUCUUUUAAUAUAUGAAAACUACUACUUUUUUGGGGGGGGUUAA